AUGAAGUGUUUCAUAUUUACCGUUUUAUUGAUCACAGUGGUAAUUCUUGUAACAGUACAAGGUCAAGGUGGUAGUCCUGGUUCUCCUGGAGCACCAGGUAUUCCAGGUUGCCCUGCUGGCCCAGGAGGGGCCGGUAGUCCAGGAGGCGCUGGUGGCCCAGGAGGCACUGGUGGUAAUGGAGGCACUGGGGGCCAGGGAGGAACUGGUUUUCGUAAUUGCCCUGGUGGACCAGGAGGGGCCGGUGGACCAGGAGGUGCAGGUGGUCCAAGAGGAGGUGGUGGUACAGGAGGCGGUGGUGGAGGAGGAGGCCCUGGUUAUCCACCUGGAAAUCCUGGCUCUCCUGGACCACCAGGUAGUUCAGGUAGCCCUGUUGGUCCAGGAGGCUCCGGAGGUCCAAUAGGAGCUGCUGCUCCAGGAGGCACUGGAGGAAUGAUCAUGCUACCCUUGUAUCCAGAGUGUGCCACUUAUGGUAAAUUAAUGCACGAUAUGUUUAAAGUACAAGGUCAAGGUGGUAGUCCUGGUUCUCCUGGAGCACCAGGUAUUCCAGGUUGCCCUGCUGGCCCAGGAGGGGCCGGUAGUCCAGGAGGCGCUGGUGGCCCAGGAGGCACUGGUGGUAAUGGAGGCACUGGGGGCCAGGGAGGAACUGGUUUUCGUAAUUGCCCUGGUGGACCAGGAGGGGCCGGUGGACCAGGAGGUGCAGGUGGUCCAAGAGGAGGUGGUGGUACAGGAGGCGGAGGUGGAGGAGGAGGCCCUGGUUCUCCACCUGGAAGUCCUGGUACUCCUGGACCACCAGGUAGUCCAGGAGGUGCCGGAGGUCCAAUAGGAGCUGCUGCUCCAGGAGGCACUGGUGGAAUGAUCAUGCUACCCUUGUAUCCAGAGUGUGCCACUUAUGGUAAAUUAAUGCACGAUAUGUUUAAAGUGGUGAUCCUUGUAACAGUACAAGGUCAAGGUGGUAGUCCUGGUUCUCCUGGAGCACCAGGUACUUCAGGAUGCCCUGCUGGCCCAGGAGGGGCCGGUAGUCCAGGAGGCACUGGUGGCCCAGGAGGCACUGGUGGUCCAGGAGGCACUGGGGGCCAGGGAGGAACUGGUUUUCCAAAUUGCCCUGGUGGACCAGGAGGGGCCGGUGGACCAGGAGGUGCAGGUGGUCCAAGAGGAGGUGGUGGUAUAGGAGGCUAUGGUGGAAGAGGAGGCCCUGGUUCUCCACCUGGAAGUUCUGGCCCUCCUGGACCACCAGGUAGUUCAGGUAGCCCUGUUGGUCCAGGAGGCUCCGAAGGUCCAAUAGGAACUGCUGCUCCAGGAGGCACUGGUGGAAUGAUCAUGCUACCCUUGUAUCCAGAGUGUGCAACUUAUGGUAAAUUAAUGCACGAUAUGUUUAAAGUACAAGGUCAAGGUGGUAGUCCUGGUUCUCCUGGAGCACCAGGUAAUCCAGGUUGCCCUGCUGGCCCAGGAGGGGCCGGUAGUCCAGGAGGCGCUGGUGGCCCAGGAGGCACUGGUGGUUCAGGAGGCACUGGGGGCCAGGGAGGAACUGGUUUUCCUAAUUGCCCUGGUGGACCAGGAGGGGCCGGUGGACCAGGAGGUGCAGGUGGUCCAAGAGGAGGUGGUGGAACAGGAGGCGGAGGUGGAGGAGGAGGCCCUGGUUCUCCACCUGGAAGUCCUGGUACUCCUGGACCACCAGGUAGUCCAGGUAGCCCUGUUGGUCCAGGAGGCUCCGGAGGUCCAAUAGGAGCUGCUGCUCCAGGAGGCACUGGUGGAAUGAUCAUGCUACCCUUGUAUCCAGAGUGUGCCACUUAUGGUAAAUUAAUGCACGAUAUGUUUAAAGAAAUGCGGAAUGAUAACAGAAUUGGUCCAGAGCAGUGUCAAUCAGGAAAUCAUACAAUAUGCAUGUCUAAAGAUGUGGAAAAGGUUCGCUGUGCAGUAACUGAGCCAAUGCCACAAGAAUGUGUGGAUAAGAUUAUGGAGUUUGUACAAGGAAAUUCAUGUAACGGAACCGAAGUUUGA